AUGCAUAUGUUUCGGUUCUCUCUUAGGGACAAGGCUAAGUGUUGGUUGAGGUCCGUGAAAGAAGGAUCCUUAACAACAUGGGAAGAGGUUACCAAAGCAUUUCUUGGGAAGUUUUGUCCGCCCGAAAAGACCGCGGAAUUGAGAAGGAAGAUUACAAGCUUCACUCAAGAGGAUGAUGAAACCUUAGGUGAAGCAUGGGAAAGAUUCAAGGAUCUAAAGAGGAAGUGUCCACACCAUGGGUUGCCUUUAUGGAUGAUUAUUCAAAGCUUCUACGACGGUCUCACUCCUACCUCAAGGGCCAAUCUUGACAACGGAGCCGGUGGUAGUCUUAAAAAGCUACCGGUGGAAGAAGCCGAGAAUAUGAUUGAAGAAGUUGCAAGGCAUUACGCCUAUAGAUAUGAUAGAAGAGAAAGUCAAUCGAAGAAGAAAGGUAUGCAUGAGUUGAGUGCAAUAGAUCUCAUUGCCUCAAAGUUUGAUAUGCUAGCUCACAAGCUAGACCAAGCAACCUCCUCAAGCGGUACCUCCUCUUCACAACCACAACCACAAGUCAUGUCUUGUGAGACUUAUGGGGGUAAUGAUCACAUGGCUUCAUAUUGCAAUGCUACUAAUGAGCAAGUUGCGGCCAUGAACCAAAGAAAUGAGCAACCUUUCAAUCAAGGGAAGAGCAAUGCAGAAAUGAGCUCCAACAUCCAACAACUUCAAGCGCACAACAAAAUAAUUGAGAAUCAACUAGCUCAAAUUGCACAACAAGUUGGGAGUUCUACCUCCAAUGCUAGUUGUCAAUUUCCAAGCUCAACGGUUGUGAACCCGAAGGAGCAUGUCAAGGCUAUCACAUUGAGGUCCGGGAGAGGGUAUGAAGGUCCGGUAAUGAGUGAAGAUGUGCCACAAAAGAGAGAUGAGGGUGUGGAGGUGAGAAGUGAGAAUGAUGUUGAAAAUGAGCCAACAAGAAUCUCAAUACAAUUAGCCGAUCGUUCGGUUAGAUUACCAAUGGGAAUACUUGAAGAUGUACCGGUACAAGUGGGAAGAGUUUUUGUACCUUGUGACUUUGUGGUGAUGGAAAUGGAGGAGGACAACAAGGUUCCUCUCAUUUUGGGAAGGCCGUUCUUGAACACGGCGGGAGUGGUAAUUGAUAUGAAAUAA